AUGCGUUUGUGUGAGCUUAGGAGAUAUAAAGAUGCAAUCGAAUUGCUUGAUAAAGGAGCUAUGCCUGAUGGAGAAUGUUUCUCUUUGCUUUUUGAGUCUUGUGGCAAUCUGAAAUCACUUGAGCAUUCAAAGAAGGUACAUGAUCAUUUCCUGCAGUCUAAGUUUAGAGCUGAUCCUAAACUGAACAAUAUGGUGAUUAGUAUGUUCGGGGAGUGUAGUAGUGUCACUGAUGCUAAGAGAGUGUUUGAUCACAUGGCCAAUAAGGAUAUCGAUUCUUGGCAUUUGAUGAUGCGUGUGUACAGUGAUAACGGUAUGGGAGAUGAUUCGUUGCAUUUGUUCGAAGAGAUGGCGAAUCAAGGGCUGAAACCAAACGAGGAGACUUUCCUUACUGUUUUCCUGGCUUGUGCUAAUGUGGGUGGGAUCAAAGAAGCGUUUUUGCAUUUCGAUUCGAUGAAAAACGAGCACGGGAUUAGUCCGAGGAUGGAACAUUACUUGGGUCUUUUAGAUGUUCUUGGAAAAUGUGGACAUCUUGUUGAAGCCGAGCAAUACAUCCGCAGCCUUCCGUUUGAACCCACUGCUGAUUUCUGGGAAGCCAUGAUGAACUACGCUAAGCUACAUGGAGAUAUCGAUUUAGAGGAUUAUGCGGAAGAACUGAUGGUUGAUCUUGACCCCUCAAAGGCUUUAAUCAACAAAAUUCCUACCCCUCCACCCAAAUCGUUCAAGGAGAUAAGUAUGCUUUCUAGUAAGAGUAGGAUCCUUGAGUUCCGAAAUCUGACGUUUUACAAGGAUGAAGCGAAGGAGAUGGCUGCAAAGAAGGGAGCGGUUUAUGUUCCGGACACUCGAUCUGUUCUGCAUGACAUUGAUGAAGAGGCCAAAGAGCAGGCACUACUCUACCACAGUGAGAGGUUAGCGAUUGCUUAUGGUAUCAUCAGCACCCCAGCUCGGAAGACACUCACAAUCAUCAAGAAUCUCCGUGUGUGUGUGGACUGUCACAACUUUAUCAAGAUCAUGUCCAAAAUCAUUGGUAGGGAGUUGAUUGUGAGAGACAACAAACGUUUCCAUCACUUCAGAGAUGUAGUGACAAGAGAAGGGCAUAUGGCGAACACAAUUGUUCGUGGGCAGAUGAUUUUCCAGGACGAGAAUGCAUUGGCUCAUGGAAAAAAGACGGUUGCAGCGGGAAAAGGUAAGAGUUUGCUUGCAGCUCCAAAGAAAAAUGGGGCGGGUUUUGGAAGCCGCAAAGCUCUGCAUGAUAUUACAAACAAGUCAAAGUUGCAACCUCAAGUUUCUUCCAAGGAAAAGAAGAAUGUCGAGGGAGUGGAUUUUGACAUAGCAAAGGAAGGUUUCUUGCAUGAUCACUGCAAAUGCAUUGAACAACAACAACAAAGCCAGUGGGACUGUUACUUCUCUGAACAAAUCAUCCUCCAUGGACAUGAUACCAACAUCAAGGAAGAGAUUCCUGAGUACAAUAUGAAAGAGAUGGAUGUAAAAAGCAGCAACAGUUGGGAUGUACUCAAAGAGCUACCAACGGAGGAGUUUUCCGAUUUGCUAAAAUGCUCAACUCAACGGCUCUCACCGCCAGAUUCGCCCAUCCAUUACCAUUCUUCUUUACCUUCAUCGCCUUUGCCAUUGCGAUUUGAAACCGUAGAAUUCAAGCUCAAGGAAGAUGAAGACACCACCUGA